CGUUUCUCUAUGAUGUCGAUUUUAUCACAAUGAAGGUGCAAUGGCCACCCGCGUAAAGAAAAUAAAUCCUAAUCCGUUCACACAUAAAGCAAAUACAUCACUACAUAUGUCUAGGGUUUUCAUAAAUUUCAAGUUUACAAAUUUCCUAGAAUAAUUAAUCUUUGUAUGUCUUUUCAUAUACCAGUCUAGGAUCUUGUGAUUGAUUUUUGCUUUCUCGAAGCAAAAUCAAGAACUUUUUCUGUUCCCCAAAACACCAUUAUUUGAGUUAUCGUUGUUGAUUCCCAAGCAGAAUUUAUCUAAAAUCUUGCAAGACAAAGAAGCUAUUGUGUGUCCACUGUGUGUCGGGGUAAUAUUGGUAUUUAAGUCGAAAAUGUGGAUCCUGUGGGAAAUUGGACAUGGGUUUUAGCAGUUGAUUUGAUUUGAUCAAAAGGGGUUUUCAAUUUUGACUUGUAUUAACGGAUUGAAAGACUUCCAAAAUUCGGGGUUCUUUUUUGGGUGAUUGUGGUUCAGAAUCAGCAACGGGGUGAAAGUUGACUUUGCGUUUACUAGUUGAUUUUGAAGAACCAAGAUAUAAUUAUACAACAAAGGUUCUUUUUGCUUUUUGGUUGCUAUUAUGGGUUCUUUUUGCGCCAAGCUUGUCCCAUGUUGUUUAGUUUCACCAGAAGAGUCAUCCGUUCGUGAGGAUCCAACCACUGGAAAUAAAGAUGAGGUGGCGAAUGAUCCAACAGCCUUCAAAGAGUUCACAGUUGAACAACUUAGAAAUGCCACAUCAGGUUUUGCUGUGGAGAAUAUUGUAUCUGAACAUGGUGAAAAAGCUCCAAAUGUGGUUUAUAAAGGGAAACUUGACAAUCAAAUCAGGAUAGCUGUAAAACGCUUUAAUCGAUCCGCUUGGCCUGAUUCUAGACAAUUUAUGGAAGAGGCUAAAUCUGUUGGGCAGCUGCGUAAUGUUAGGUUGGCUAAUCUUCUUGGUUGCUGCUGUGAAGAUGAUGAGAGGCUACUUGUGGCUGAGUACAUGCCCAAUAACACACUUGCCAAACAUCUUUUUCACUGGGAAUCACAUCCAAUGAAGUGGGCAAUGAGGUUAAGAGUUGUGCUACAUCUUGCAGAAGCUCUUGAAUAUUGUACAAGUAAAGGUCGUGCUCUUUAUCAUGACCUCAAUGCAUACCGAGUUUUGUUUGAUGAGGAAGGUAAUCCAAGACUUUCAUGUUUUGGUCUCAUGAAGAAUAGCAGGGAUGGGAAAAGUUAUAGUACAAAUCUUGCAUUUACUCCUCCUGAAUAUUUGAGAACAGGGAGAGUGACUCCAGAGAGUGUGAUAUAUAGCUUUGGGACUCUUUUGCUUGACCUUCUUAGUGGAAAGCACAUCCCUCCUAGCCAUGCUCUUGACCUGAUAAGAGACCGAAAUCUUCAAAUGCUUACGGAUUCAUGCCUUGAAGGAGAGUUCUCUAAUGAUGAUGGAACCGAGUUGGUGCGUUUGGCUUCUCGCUGUUUGAAUUAUGAACCACGUGAACGCCCAAAUCCAAAGACAGUUGUGUCUGCUCUAAUUUCUCUUCAAAAGGAAACUGAGGUUCCUUCAUAUGUUUUAAUGGGCAUCCAAACAACUACUUCAUUUUCGCCUCGAUCUCCUCUUGGUGAAGCAUGCUUGAGAAUGGAUUUGACUGCAAUGCAUGAAAUUAUGGAAAAGCUUUCCUAUAAAGAUGAUGAAGGACAAACAACCGAGCUCUCGUUUCAAAUGUGGACUGAUCAGAUGCAAGAAUCACUAAACUCAAAAAAGAAGGGUGAUAUGGCGUUUCGACACAAAGAAUUUAGCACUGCAAUCGAAUGCUAUACCCAGUUCAUUGAAUAUGGACCUAUGGUGUCUCCAACUGUAUUUGCACGCAGAAGUUUAUCAUAUUUAAUGAAUGAGAUGCCUCAAGAAGCUUUGGGUGAUGCCAUGCAAGCACAAGUCAUCUCGCCCGUGUGGCACAUUGCUUCAUAUCUACAAGCCGCAUCACUUUUUGCCCUCAAAAUGGAAACUGAAGCCCAUGUGGCUCUUAAAGAAGGUGCCACUCUUGAAGCCAAGAAAAAUGGAACCUCCAUCAAUGGACAAUAAAUAAAUAACCAAAAGUUGCUACCAUUGUUUUAUUUUGUAAAUCUCUUCCAUGUUUAUUACGUAUAUCACUUGCUUCUUUUUGUAUGGAAAUUGGUGGUGCGUUGAAUUGACGAUUUUGCCCUUGGUUUGGUGUCCGUUUCUUGUUUUGUUUUGUUUUGUUUUGCAUGUGGAGUAAAUUGUGUGUUGGGAAAGAUAGAAAAACAGAUUUGGUGGGGAAUUUGAUUGUAAAGGAAGAACUCAGUUGACAAUACAUGUGU